AUGCAGAUGACGUCUCAUUUCAAGCCAAAGCGACUGCAGAAUGGCCUCCUCGCUCUCGGAGUCUACUACUCGCUGCACAGAUCGUCCCUGGAACGAGCCGGUCUCAUUGGUGGCCCUUCGACAUCUACAACCCCAUUCUUGACACCAUAUCACAUUUUUCGACUUCAUGGAAACCCUCGAAUGCUGAAGAAUCUCCGCAUUAUCACUCUGGCAGACCUACCACCUCUAGUCAAUGGUGAUGAAAACCAGGGUCUCCUCAGCCUUUCACUCCCAGACGCACGUCCUACUUCGGUCGAAGUCGACAGUUUAAUGCUCAGUAGCAUAGGAAUCAACUGGGAACAUGUUACUUCCGUGAAUCUAGGGGAUUUGCAGGUUGAAGAAUGUCUUCGCCUUAUUCACCACGCUCCUCAGUUGUGCGACUGCCACAUUGAUAAACUCUCUCCCUGUAGCGAAGAUGUCCCCGUUCUCGCUGAACAUAUCGUUCAAGGAUAUCUACAAUCGCUCGAAAUCGAAGAAUCAAGAUCCUCUUGA